CAGCAGAUACACGUCUCUCUCUCCUCUCCUCCUCCUCUCGUCUGCUCUGCUUGCUUCCCUCUCCGUCCACUGCGGAACAUCGGCCUGUUUUGCUCCCAUCGCUCCUCCAGCGGCAGACCCAGCUCGCCAUGGACAACUCCGGCAAAGAGAAGGAGGCCAUGCAGCUGAUGGCUGAAGCCGACAAGAAGGUCAAAGCGUCCGGAUCCUUCCUCGGGGGAAUGUUCGGGGGAAACCAUAAGGUUGAGGAUGCCUGUGAAAUAUAUGCCAGAGCAGCCAACAUGUUUAAGAUGGCAAAGAACUGGAGCGGUGCUGGGAAUGCGUUCUGUCAGGCUGCUCGUCUCCACAUGCAGCUGCAGAACAAACUGGACUCGGCCACCAGCUUCGUCGAUGCCGGAAAUGCCUACAAGAAGGCCGACCCACAGGAGGCCAUCAACUGUCUAAACCAGGCCAUCGAUAUCUACACCGACAUGGGUCGGUUCACUAUUGCAGCCAAACAUCAUAUCACCAUAGCAGAGAUUUACGAAUCUGAGCUGGUUGAUAUUGAGAAGGCCAUCGCCCACUAUGAGCAGGCAGCAGAUUACUACAAGGGAGAAGAGUCUAACAGCUCAGCCAACAAAUGUCUCCUGAAGGUGGGACACUACAGCGCUCAGCUGGAGCAGUACCAGAAAGCAAUUGAAAUCUAUGAACAGGUUGCUAUGAGCACAAUGGACAAUCCUCUGUUGAAGUAUAACGCAAAAGAGUAUUUCUUUAAGGCCUCACUGUGUCACUUCAUAGUUGAUGAGCUGAAUGCCAAGUUGGCCAUAGAGAAGUAUGAGGAGAUGUUUCCAGCCUUUUCAGACUCCAGAGAACUGAAACUGUUAAAGAAACUCCUAGAUGCCCACGAGGAGCAGAACAGCGAGGCAUUCACUGAGGCUGUCAAGGAUUUCGACUCAGUGUCUCGCCUGGACCAGUGGUUGACCACGAUGCUGCUCCGCAUCAAAAAGACCAUCCAGGGAGACGCCGGUGACCUGAAGUAGACACAUUUAGAGACAAGGGGGAGAAAAGGGAGGGAGACUGCGGAGGGGCAAGAAGGGGUAAUGAGAGGAUAAAUAUAAGGGCCGAGGGGGGAAUAAAUGAAAGAAGGGGGAGUGUAGGAUGAGUUUUAGAGGGGAAGAAGACAGAAAGAUUAAAUGUGGAGAACGAAGGAGGGAGGGUGGGACUGAGGGAGUUUACAGUUGUACAUAUCUGCAUGACCCCCCCACUAGCUAAGCUUUACCUUUAAACAACCCUUUAGAUGACCCUGUGCCCCUACUCCUACAGUAUUUCUCUUGUAACACUGGACUGAAAUGUAAAGAAAGAGUGGAAAUAAAAAGGUGUGUGUGAGAAAGAGAGAGUGCGUGAGAGUGUGUGUGUGUCUGCGGUAAGGUAAAUUAUACUAUAUGAUGGGACAGUGUGCAGCUCAUCUCAGAUUUAAGGUUAUAUGUUAUUGAAAAGAGAUAAUAAUGUUAUUUAUGAGAUUAUUGAUAUUUAUUGUCAAUACUGAAGAUGUUAUUUAUUGUUUAUUCUGGUGCUCAGUGUUACGAUUUGUCUUAAUAUUUUAGGUAUUAAUCCCCCCCUCCUCUUUUAUUCCCUCCUCACUUCCUAUCCUCAGCAGUUCUUCGUCCAUGUCCCCCUCUCUCUCUCCCUUUUGUCCUCUCCGACCCCUGUCAAGUCAGUACUAUCACCCAUUGUGAUUGGUUGGUUCUUUGUGUUCUGGCCAACAGUUGGUCGAUGCAGUCUGCCUACAGUGGUCACUCAAGUCUCUGCCUUGUUUGUGCAUGUCUGUUGUCAUGUUGAUGUAAGUGUUCUUUGUGUUGUGCUAACGUGUGAAGAACAUACAUGUAGCCUGGUAUCAUUUGUGUGAAAUCAGUAAAUAUGUACCUCAAAUACCAAGUUCAAAUAAAAACAUCAUCGAUCCAGA